UAUAUGUGUAGAAUAUGUGCAGCUGUUGAAUAUGAUCUUGCUGAAGAUCAAGAUGUUAUGAAGGGUUUGCCGUUUCAUUCAUUGUGGUACUUGCAGUUUGUGCGUGACACGCAUCACGUGGUUAGUAAAACAGACAACAACUAUGUGCUGUAUAAAAGAAAAUUGUAUUACUAAACCAGGAACAGGAGAGUUAUUAUACUUAAAACACAAAUUAUAUCUUUGUUAUUACUGAGUAGCUAGCUUGUUUUAGCGGAUGUUCCUUUGGGCGCAGGGGAUUAUGGGAAAUGUAAGGUGCAGACAACAGUGUCAGUGCAGCACGCUGUGAACGGCUGCUGCUGCUGGUAGUGAAAAAAUAGCUUUCUCUGUCAGCUGGCAAGGUUAAGUGUCUUGUCAGUGUAGCCUGUUAGCAUGCUGAAAGUCUGUUUUGGUUGUGUUUGGUAAAGGUAGCGAAGGAAAUACGCUUGAUCGGCCAGUCUGGAAAUUUAUGAGAAGGAGAACAUGAGUCUCAACGAGCAUUCGCUCCAAGCACUUUCCUGGAGAAAGCUCUACCUCAGCCGCGCUAAACUCAAGGCUUCAAGUCGAACAUCGGCGCUUCUCUCUGGAUUUGCUAUGAUAGCCAUGGUGGAAGUACAGCUGGACAACAGUUACCCAUACCCCCCUGCUUUGCUCAUUGCCUUUAGUGCCUGCACCACUGUGCUUGUAGCCGUCCACCUGUUUGCUCUUAUGGUGAGCACCUGUAUUCUACCCAAUAUAGAGGCUGUCAGCAAUGUCCAUAACCUGGACUCUGUGAAAGAGUCUCCACAUGAACGGAUGUACAGACACAUUGAACUUGCGUGGGCUUUUUCAACAGUUAUUGGCACCUUGUUGUUUCUGGCUGAAGUGGUAUUACUUUGUUGGGUAAAAUUUUUGCCAAUCAAACCCAACAAAUCUAACAACAAUACCGUUUCAUCUGGUGUUGCUGCUGCAAUUACGUCCACUUCAAUUAUGGUCCCAUUUGGGCUAGUAUUCAUUGUGUUUGCAGUGCAUUUCUAUCGCUCCUUAGUGAGCCACAAGACUGACAGACAGUUUCAAGAGCUUGAGGAGCUAUCAAAUCUUACCAGAUUACAGAACGAGUUGGACAAUAGAGGGGACUCAUCCAUCCUACAGUCUCCCUCUUCACAUUUCCCUUAAAGAAGAAACAAAGAACCUCUUGUGUACCUACAAGCCACUUUUCAGAUUUUUUGAAAGAUUGAUUACAUAGUACUGCAAAUAAUGCAUGUAUUACAGUUUUUAAUCAAAUAACACAGAGUUGUCAUAAUUGAAGUUUAUCAAAAGUCUUAAGUUGUUUUUUUGUGUUUUUUUAUAUGUAACUUGUACUGUAACAGAAUAUCUGAAAUAAUAUCAGCUGCUUGCUAUUUUCUUAUCGCACACUAUUGAAAGAUUACUUUUUUAUUAUUUGUGUUUUAUGAACCACAUUCAUUUAUUAUUGUGUUUGUAGUAUGUGAACAGUUUAAUAUUAUAAUUGCAUGUUAUUUGAAAAUAAUUACAACAUAUGCUAAAGAGCAGUAUUAUUAACAUAAUAAGGGUACUUAACUUUCAUUUCACUUUUUUCUUUUUGACAAAGUACAUGUGAAAAACACAUUAACACAUU